AUGGCUAUAAAUUCCAGCAAAGAUGGGCUUGAAGGUGACAACACUCUCCAGUCUAUCUGCUACAACCGUGGUUCACUUCAGCUUCUUGAUCAGAGAAAGCUUCCUCUGGAGACUACUUACUUGGAUAUCAAAGAUGCUUCUGAUGGAUGGUCUGCCAUACGGGAGAUGGUAGUCCGAGGGGCGCCUGCCAUUGCUAUUGCAGCAGCACUUUCUCUUGCUGUUGAAGUGUCUAAUUUGGAGAGUUUUAAUGGGAAACCAGAUGAAGCUGCUUCUUUCCUUGCUGAGAAACUGGAUUAUCUUGUUUCGAGCCGACCAACUGCAGUCAAUCUUUCAGAUGCUGCAAUGAAACUUAAAGAAGUUAUAUCCAAAGCUACUGCAGCUGCUUCUGACUGUCAGAGAGUCUUUCAGGCUUACAUAGAAGCAGCUGAAAUUAUGCUCAAAGAUGAUGUUGCUUCAAACAAAGCGAUUGGUUCAUUUGGAGCAAGGUUUAUUCAGAACCAACUGAAAGAAUCUACAAAGCUCUGUGUUUUGACUCAUUGCAACACGGGCAGUCUUGCAACUGCUGGAUGUGGUACUGCCUUGGGUGUGAUUCGUGCACUUCAUAGUGAAGGAGUGCUUGAGAGGGCCUAUUGCACAGAAACUCGUCCAUUCAAUCAGGGAUCUAGGCUCACAGCUUUUGAAUUGGUACAUGAGAAAAUACCUGCUACUCUUAUAGCAGACUCUGCUGCAGCUGCAUUAAUGAAAGACAGUAAAGUGAGUGCAGUAGUUGUAGGAGCAGAUCGUGUGGCUGCAAAUGGUGACACAGCUAACAAGAUCGGAACCUACAGCCUUGCCUUGUGCGCAUUGCAUCAUAACAUUCCAUUUUAUGUCGCUGCACCACUUACUUCCAUUGAUACGUUCCUUUCUUCGGGAAAAGAAAUCAUUAUAGAGGAAAGAUCUCCUAAGGAAUUGUUGAACUCACGUGGAGGACUUGGGGAACAAGUUGCUGCAUCUGGAAUUUCAGUAUGGAAUCCAGCUUUUGAUGUUACCCCUGCAAGCUUGAUAAGUGGUAUCAUAACAGAACAGGGUGUCAUCACAAAGACCGGCACGGACGAUUUUGACAUAAAAGAUUUCAUAACGAGGGCUGUCGGCAAGUGUAUUGCAUAA